AUGGCGGGAGGAAUCAAAGUAGCGGUGUCGCCGGCUGAUGGUCCCGGGUCCUGGGUCUGGGGGGCCGGGGAUGGUGGGGCAGUGCUGCUGUUCUUGGUCCUUUCCGGCUGCUUGGUCUGCGGCUCAGCUGGAAUUGAUGUAAAUGUGAUCAUGCUUCAGGAAUCCCGAGUUUAUAGUAUGAGUACCAGCCAACAGUUCUGUUAUAAAAAUGUGCUUGUCCCAAAGUGGCAUGAUAUAUGGACACGGAUACAGAUCCGGGUAAAUAGUUCCACAUUGGUCCAAGUCACCCAGGUGGACAAUGAGGAGAAAUUGAAGGAGCUCGAGCAGUUCAGUAUCUGGAACUUUUUUUCCUCUUUUUUAAAAGAGAAAUUGAAUGACACCUAUGUCAACGUGGGUCUAUACAGCACAAAAACCUGCCUCAAAGUUGAAAUUAUAGAGGACGCCAAGUACAGUAUCAUUGUGACCAGGAAAUUUGACCCCAAACUCUUCCUCAUUUUCCUCCUUGGACUUAUGUUGUUUUUUUGUGGAGACUUAUUGAGCAGGAGUCAAGUUUUCUACUAUUCCACAGGGAUGAGUGUGGGAAUUGUGGCUUCUCUACUAAUUAUCAUUUUUAUACUAUCCAAAUUCAUGCCCAGGAAAAGUCCCAUUUACGUCAUCCUGGUGGGAGGCUGGUCCUUUUCUCUGUACCUCAUUCAGCUAGUUUUUAAGAAUUUACAAGAGAUCUGGAGGUGUUACUGGCAGUAUCUUUUAAGCUACAUCCUCACAGUUGGAUUCAUGAGUUUUGCAGUAUGUUACAAGUAUGGGCCCUUGGAGAAUGAACGAAGUAUCAACCUGCUGACCUGGACCUUGCAACUGAUGGGCCUGGGUUUCAUGUAUUCCGGCAUCCAGAUACCUCACAUUGCCCUUGCCAUUAUCAUCAUUGCACUGUGUACUAAGAACCUGGAGUACCCUAUUCAGUGGCUGUACAUCACCUACAGAAAGAUGUGUAAGGCAACAGAAAAGCCUGUCCCCCCUCGUCUCCUGACAGAAGAAGAAUAUCGGAUACAAGGAGAGGUAGAGACCCGAAGGGCUUUAGAGGAGCUCCGAGAAUUUUGUAACAGUCCAGACUGUUCUGCUUGGAAGACUAUUUCUCGAAUCCAGUCUCCAAAAAGAUUUGCUGACUUUGUAGAAGGUUCUUUCCACCUCACACCAAAUGAAGUUUCCGUCCAUGAACAGGAAUAUGGAUUAGGGAGCAUUAUUGCCCAGGAUGAGGAAGCAACUUCUGAGGAGGAGGAGGAGGACUCAGGUUCUCAGCACCUCAUUGCCACACAGAACAAUUUCCUGACUUAAGUGUGGUGGUUAUUUAUUUUCAUGUAGACUGAUUUGGUGCCUCAGUGGUUGUGUUGCAAGCACUGUGCAUUUCUUACAGGCCUUUAUAGCAGGUUGAAGGGUAGUGCAGAAAUUAAAUGAGAGGCCUGAGUAGAUCUCUCUGGGAAUGAUUGUGGUAGUCUCUGUGGGAUCCCUAAGGAGGGAGAGUGGACAAAGUGAAUGCUGUGGUAGUGUGCUUUCCACCUGUUAAGUUAUUAGCCCACUCUUCUGUUUCUAAAAAAACUGGAAGGUCACAGCCAGCAUGGCAUUCUAGCUCCUCUUUGAAAGCUGAUUUGAUCAUGACAUUUCUGUCACUGGCUGGUCCUCUAAAAUGAGAAUUGUAAGUAGGGCUUUCAGACUAGAGGCUGCAUCUUCCAGAGAGAAAUCCAUAAGUCUGAGCAUCCUUCACUUUCUGCUUUUAUUACAGUGACUUUAGAAUAAUCUUUGAUUUAACUGUUUUGAGAG